AUGGUUAUCUGUCUGGGGUGUGUCGUUGAGCAUCCGGAACAUGCCAUGCGGGAUAUACCAUCAGCAGUUGAGAAUGACAAGCCAGCGGUUUUGAACAAGACUAGUGAACUGGAGAAAGUGCUGCAAGAAACUAGAGAAUCACUGUCAGGAGUUAUGAGGCUGCACAAUAAGAUACAGGAAAACCGGGAACUUCACACUCGGGAGGUAGAAAAGGCUUAUUGUGCAGCCUUGGAGGCUUUACAGGCCUGGAGGCAGCACGCCUUAGAUGACAUAAAAACGUGCUAUUCACAGUGGUGUGUGGAGUGUAGCGCCAUACUCAAACAUUUCCAACUACAGGCCCAAGAAAUGGAGAGUAUGGUACAGGCUUGCAAGGAUUUGUUGGCGUCAAUGGACAUCGAGUUUUUACAAGGUUCCAUAGGCUUCUCCAAAACUAUAUCAUGGCAUUCUCAUAACUGCGUGGUACACAAGAUUACUACACCAGUGUCUCUUUGUUUUCUGUCAUCUUCUCACAGAAUUGACGACCAGCUGAAUGAGAUAAGAGCAGAUCUGGAGAAACUUAAGGUCAGCAAACAGAAGCUUCUGGAUUUUGUACAACGUGACCAUGUUGUCCCUAGACACGUGACUGUAAAAGAGACAGUGCAAGAAAAUCAGGACGUAGAAGCAGCAGUCGAUGGACAAAAGUCACGCCCACGUGUUACAAAGCCGACGCUGAGAUUCACAGAGACAGACGACCGUGUGCUGAGAAUAACUUACAGCGGCUGUGUGGUAGAGGGUGAGGGCUUCUACCCGGGGUGGUGGGGGAGAGCCUUGACAGAUGGCCGUUACCAGACGGGCAGGUACUACUGGGAGGUACAGAUCACCUGUUCACCUGGCUGUUUCUGUCAUGUGGGAGUUACACAGGAGACCUGUGAUGUGAGUGAGGAGACAGACCAUGGCCGUAACUGCUGGUUCACUCGGAUGGUGUACCGUGGUGAUGAGGUCAGCUGUUAUAAUCACCGUGGUGGUGAGAUCAAACGUGGCUAUCUACUGUACAGACGUUACACACGACCUCACCACCUGGGUCUGUACCUGGACUGUGAUGACCACUCACUGACAGUCCUGGACUGUGACAACAACCAGGUCAUAGGCACUGUCAGUGAUGUUGUCGUCAGAGAGCCUCUCGUGCCAUGGGUUGGGUUUUAUGUCGGGUCUGGACCUGGAUCUGUGUCUGCUCGUCUGGUAACGGGUGACUCUGCAACUCUACCUCAAGUUCUUUGUGAUAUGAUACGCACUUCCUGACCAUCGGGUAAUUAUUCAUUACAUCUUUUCCAUCGUAUUAUAAUUUGUUGAAAUAGACUUUGAUUAGGUUUUUUUUUAAAACCAAUUGGCCAAUUUGCUUAUAGAUGUUUUAAUGUCAGCAGUGUGGCUAAUUCAGUAUGUGUAGC